AGCGAAUGUUGGUCGAUAGUGGCUGAUGAAUCGAGACUGAAGGAACGAGAUCGAUGUCUGUCGUUAAUUGAUCGAUCUGUAGCUUUGGAGGUUGUUCAUUGAAAAAUUGUGUGUACGAAAUUUUUUAAGCAAUUAAAAUUGGUUGUGAUUCUGCGGAAAUCGAUUGGCACAGAUAAUUGAGAGUGAACAAGAAGAAAAAGAAGAAGUUGGAUAUAUUUUUGAGAGUAAUUUAUGCAAAAUAUGAAAGUGAAUUGUUAAUAUAUUUUUUUACGAGAUUAACGAAUGAAGUAUCCGUGGUCGAAGCAUGUAUUUUUGUAUGUGAAAUUUCUAAAGGAUUUAAAUGCAUAUAUCGUAAGUAAGAUUUUCUUCUAAGAGACUGAUCGUACGCAUUGGAACAUAAAAUCUAACAAUUUACCAAAGAAGCUGCUGAAAGUUUACGAACUACUUUGAGAAAGAUCUAAUUAGCUUGGAAAAGAAAGAAUCGAAUAGCACUAAUUCAAAAAUAGUCGAGCAUCGUUCGAUCCUGUAGAACCAUUCUAACAUCGUCGGUACGCCUCGUUCUUGAAAUAAAACAUUUACUUCGAAACUGACUAACAACACAAAUAUAACGAUCUUCAAUCAACCAGAUCUUCCAAGUAUUCAAGAUAUUUCGCCAAAUUACACAAACAAGCUCUUUAUUAAUCUAAAAUAGUUUGAAGAAUAGUCGAAUUCCAAAGAAAUUUCUAGCGUAAAAUAGAAUUUUCUAUUUUAUCUUUUUUUUAAAAGCGAAACUUUUCUAUUGCAAAAUCAGAAGAAAUUUCUUCAAUUUCUUCGUCACUAAAAGGGACAUUUUUUUCAUUUUAAAGUCAGAAGAAUACUUUUUAAAAAGAAUUUUUUAAAGAAAGAAAAGGAGAAGAGAGAUAGCCAAAGAAAUUCGAAAAAUGUGUAACCAGUGAUUAAUAGCGAAUCUGAUGUAUAAAGGCUGUGAAAAUCGAACAUGCGUUCCCGAUACUAUUCUAAUCCGUGUCCUUGAACGGCCGGUAUCCAGCGUUGUCUGGAAGCGUGGAACUUGGCCGUGGCCGAUUAAUCGCGCACCGGGGCCUCUUCGUAGUGGCAACAAACCCGAGGACUCCUGGGAGACGAGCACGGGGAAUUGAAAAUAAAGAGAGCUACGAUUUUCAUCGAGAAAUAAUCGUGGUACCUCUUCAGUCUUCUCCGGUUUAUCCGACUUAUUGGUCGCAUUCCCUCCCGAGAAUCCUUUCAGAAUUUAUUCGGCUUGGAUGAACAGAAGACAUCAGGAACAACCUGGGGACGUUACUGGCUCGACGAACAUAGAACGAAGAAACGAGGAUCGUUGACCCGGCGCAUAAAGUGGUCCUCGAGUGUCCGAGCUGGCCAUAUCAGAAGCAGAAAUAAGAAGCAAAGGGAAAUUGAUCCACGGUUAUCGGCGCACUUGACUCCUUCGCCGUCUCAAGUAGGCUAAUUUUAAGAUCGUCGAGAGAGCAAGAGAAAGAAAGAGAAAGAAGGACUAUCUAGACCUCUGUGAUGAUCAACUAUGGCUAUGGCGCCAGGAGCAACGACCCUGACGAGUCUUCUGUUGUUGCUGAUGGCGAUGGUCGCGAGAUGCUCGUCGAUGAAAAGUAUCCUCACGAGCACUCAAUCGCCGUUUGCCAAGAUUCUGAAAGGCGUCCGGCUACCGGGUGGUUACAUGGAAGUGAUCCAGGAGGAUCAUUGUUCCCAAAGGGCUAUUCGAUUAACCUGCAGAUCGCUCAAGGCGUUCAUCUUCGUUCUGGAGGCGGAGUACCUGACGAAUCUGACGCACAUUUGCGGAUGCGACACGCAGAAACUGACGGAGAAGAAAAUGUACAAAAAUCGAGCUAACAGCUUGUCGUUGAAGAAGAAGGAGCUAAAGGGGAAUUAUAUCGACGAUGCCGAGGAUGAACAACGAUUCGGUGUGGUGGAUAUUAGGCAGUCGUUGAACAGGAGAUGUUCUGGUCAAAAACAUUGUCGUUACAACUUCAUCACCGACCAUCCUGGUGCCGUUUAUUGGAAUCCUGCCACUCUACGGUUAAAAUAUGCGUGUAUUCCUGAGGCUGCCGUGAAGAAAUAUUGCAACGAGGAGCUGAAGGUGGUCCCUGGGGAGGGUGGCUUCAUAAAUUCACCGGGUUAUCCGCUUUACUACCUCGGCGAGAAUACGUGCGGCUGGACCUUCAGGUCGACUCCUGGGCACAGGAUUGUCCUGACGUUCCACGACCUGAAUAUCCGGGAACCUGAAUCGGACGGAAGUUGCGUGGACAUUGUGAGAGUACGAGAAAAAGGAAGAACGUUGUUCGAGAAUUGCGGUACCGUGGUCGGCGUCAAGGUCAUCUCGAACUCAAACGUGAUCACUCUCGACCUCGUCGCCACGAAGAGACUAUACACCGCACGAGGAUUCUUCUUGCAAUAUCAAGUGUUGAACUGUCCGGAUGUCUCAGCGCCCAACGGAAGUUACGUAUUGAAUGGUACUCUGACCUCGAGGACUUUCCUGUGCAAAUUCGGCACCGUGUUCCCCGACAGUAAAGAAAGGACAAGGAUACUCGAGUGCAAGAAUGGCAAGUGGAAUGAGAGUGUCAUCAGUAUGCCGAGUUGCACA